AUGUCGGUGAGGCUGGUACCGCAGCGGCCCGUGCGGGUGCUCUCGCCGCAGGAGUUCGCCGCGCGGCUGCGAACUUUCUGCACGCGUUCCGCCGCGUCGUGGGUGGUCAGCGACGAGGCCGCGCCGGCGCUCUUGAUGAGUAGUCCGCACGAAACGCCGUCUGAGGCACCGGCGACCGCCAGCGCCGCAAGCCCCUCGCCGCCGCUGUCUGAGCCCGACAGCGACUUGCAGGAGGUGAGUCCGUGGAGCAGCAAGAAGCCUCCGCCCACGGGGGAAGCGGGCAGCGAGGCGACGGCCCACGCGCCCGCGCGGAAGACGGCGUCCUGCAAGGCGGGGAAGGGGAAGAAGUCGGCGGCGGGCACCAAGCGGCAACGCACCAUCGAGGACUUCCUUGCACGCCGGCGGUGA